AUGUACAAGUAGAGAACACAAAUUCAACCUAGAGUUAGGUCAGAUGACUUCUCUUAUAUAUCUAUACUCUCAUCAUUAAGCGAAACUGAUCAAGACAAAAACGUUUAACAUAAGGCGUUUCCAUUAAAUGAUUACACCCCUUAAUAAUUCAUCUAAGAUACUUCAGUCGAAAUUGAUAUUUCGUAGUCAUACUUCGAAGUUAAAAAACAAUACCAGAGAUACAAUGUUGGACUAAUUUUAUUACAACUAAAUCAUUAGAAAAUUCAAGAAUGCUAUAAGGGGAAAUUCUUGCUAUAAAUAUGGAGAAACAAGGUAAAGGUGUUUCAAAAAUCGCUUCAAUUUGAGAUAAAGUCUUGGAAUAUCGAUCAUCACUUUCCAAUUUAUAUUGCUCAAAUCAAAUAUCAUCCAAAUGAAGAUGGUUCGGAUAAAAUAAGCUUAUUCCAAAUCUACAAAAAUGAUACUGUAGAGGAAUUAAGGAUACAUGAUUUCGCUCAAUUUCCACAAUUUGAAAUUAUGAGUUGCAGCAAAAAUUACUGUAUUUAGGCAAGCUAAAACAUGUUAAGAGUUGUUGAAUUACUAUUUCAAUAUGAAGAAUAUGAAGAGGUGAAAACUAUGGAAAUUUAGCCUAAAGGUUUGAAAUUUGAAGAGGAAAUCGAUUAUGAAGAGGACAGAGAUAUGGCUUCACAACAGACGACAGAUUCCUGCUCUAAGAAUAUCUUUAAAAUGAUUGGCUUUAAAAGAAUUGUUUCAAUUUUCUAUGACUAGACUGACCACUUUAAUCUUAUCAUUGAGUGUUCAGAUAACACUUUGCUUAUUGAGAAGAUAGUAAUAAGUGAAAAGAGGAUUAUAUUGAAAAAUAGCUAUAAUGAUCGCCUUUAUGACUUUUGCAACGAUCCUGUGCGAGAUAUUUGCUUUGAUUAUGAAUACAAUACCAUUUUAUCAAUCAAAAAGUCUGGUACCAUUGAGAUAUUCAAAAAUAGUGUGCUAAUAUACAACAGAAAAGAUAGAUCAAAUUUCAGAUUUAAAUACCUAAAAAAUAAAUUCAAAGGAUUGGCAGAGCAUUAAAUAGAAGUAUAUAUGCGAUUUACAAUUUGCCUACUUGCAUGA